GGAGGAAAGAGACGAAGGGCGAAGAAGAAGGUCUCAAAUGACCUAAAAUUUCAUAUACUUUAGAUACUUUAUUUUAUACGUGAAAAUUAUUUUGCAACUAUUUAAUGAUGUGUUCAUGAUUGUGCAAUAACUGAGUAGGCCGACAAAAGAUUUAAAAUAUUAUUUUUUAGUGGGUUAAGAAGUUUAAAUCACAAAUAUGUAAGUAAAUUAUCAACUUAGACAUAAUACAUGAUAAUGGAAUCAUUUUACCUUAAUUUAUCUUUUAAAAGCAUUUAAAAUUCUGACAAAAAUUAAUGAAAAUAUUGAGCCAAGAAGUGUAGGCAGAUCGGAGUACAACUUUUCCGAGCAGAAUAUGGAGGCGGCUCCCUCCAAUCCCACCCCCCCUUCCGCCGCGAGCAACCGGAAUCCCCUAAGAGUUGACUGGCCGACGGUAGACGGACCACUGGGUCUUACAGAGCAGGAAUCCGUCGAUCAGGCGCGUAGAUUCUUCAAGUUUGGAUUUUUACUACUCCCUUGGCUUUGGGCUGUCAAUUGCUUAUACUUUUGGCCUGUCCUUCGUCGUCCUACCUCCUAUUAUCACCCAGAUCUCCGUCAAUAUGUUGUCAGGUCAGCAAUUGGUUUCAUGGUGUUUGCUGUUAUCCUCUCAACUUGGGCUCUUACCUUUUCCAUUGGAGGAGAGCGUCUAUUUGGUCAUGCUUGGGACAAGCUAGUAAUGUACAACAUUGCUGAGAAAUAUGGGUUGACAGGGUGGAUCUAGGUACUAAUUGCUUUCGUUUGUGGCUGAACCUGCUAGAUUACAAGAUUUGUAUAUGUUCUUCCCCUCUUAAGAAAUUCUGAAACUGGAAUAUCUCAGUUAAAGACAGUAUGACACUAUUAAGCAGUGAUGAAACCAGAAAAGAGGUGCACUUUUUGAA